AUGAAAUAGUCUGGACAAAAGUAUGCUUACUCCUAGAUGGAGACAGCCAAAGUUAAUGGCGUCCAUUUCUCUAUUCUCUCUGAAAAGGAAAUAGAAAGCUGGUGCGUUUGUGAAAUUAAAAAUUUUGAAAAUGGUAAUAAAGAAGAUGAAGGCUUUAUAAACGAUAAAAGAUUAGGUACUACCUCUAAGGAUGCAUGCAAAACUUGUAAUUAAAAGAAUGAAUGUCCUGGUCAUUUUGGUUACAUCAAUCUUAGAAGGCCUAUAUAUCAUAUCAAUUUCAUAAACACAGUCAAGCAAAUUCUUCUCUGCGUCUGUCACAAAUGUGGUGCUGUAAGAGAGCCCCCUAUUAAGAGAAAUGAGAGUGGUAAACCUGCAAGUAAAACAGAAUUUGCUAAACUUGAAAAGUAUUUAGAAGUUAUGAAUAUUUCUUAGCCUAAGAGAAGACUUAAUGAAUUGUAUAAAAUCCUUGGAAAAUAAUCCAAAUGCCAAAACGAUAAGUGCAACUCAUAUUUAUUUGUUAAAGUCAGUGUAGUGAAGUUCUUAAAUCUUAAAGUAGCUGAAAAGUAAAGUGAUAAGGAUGCUAUUGAGUAUGAUCUGAGUGCAGAAUAAGCAUUAGAAAUUUUAAAGAAGAUUAGAUAUGCUGACUCCAAAAAGUUAUUAGCUUACAAAGGAUAAAGAAAACAUGAUGACGAUUUCUUGUAGCCAACUAAUCUUAUCUUAACAAAGUUGCUUGUACCUCCACCCUAAGUUCGCCCUUCUAUUGAAAUGUCAUCUAAUAUGACCUGUCAAGAUGAACUCACUAAAUGCUAUGAAGAAGUAUUGAAGCUAAAUGCAUAAAUUAAAGAUAAUUCUGAUAACAGAAAGCUGGUUGAGUAAAUCUAGAGUGUUGUUGCCAGAAUGAUGGAUAACGAUAAACCAAGAUUAGAAGCACUUAAAAUUAAAUCAAAGGUUGUUAAAAGUUUUUCUUAGAGAUUAAAAGGAAAAGAAGGUAGAUUUAGAUAAAAUUUAAUGGGUAAAAGAGUAGAUUUUUCUGCAAGAUCUGUUAUUUCCCCAGAUGCAAAUUUAUGGUUGGAUGAAUUAGGUGUUCCUAGAAGUAUUGCUGACAGUUUGACUGUUCCUGAAAUAGUUAACUAACAAAAUAUAAACAGAAUUCGUGAAUUAUGGAAGUAAGGCAAAAUUAAAAGUAUUAUGAAACCUAAUCGUGAAAAAUAGAUUUAUGAAGCUUACGAUGCUAUUAUUUGCAGUGGUGAUAGAUAAGCUGAUGAUAAUUUUGACAUGCACGUUAAUGAUGGUGUUAUUAUUGAAAGAGCCUUAUAGAAUGGUGAUUAUGUGCUAUUUAACCGUUAGCCCUCUCUCCAUAAAAUGAGUAUGAUGGGACAUAGAGUUAGAAUUCUUCCUUACAGUACUUUCCGUCUUAACUUAUCAGUCACAACCCCUUAUAAUGCAGAUUUUGACGGUGAUGAAAUGAAUAUGCAUGUGCCAUAAUCUUAUGAAACUCGUGUUGAACUUGGUUAUAUUUGCCAUGUUCCUAGAUAAAUUGUCACUCCCAAGGCUAACAAACCAGUUAUGGGUUUGGUGCAAGAUUCAUUAUUAGGUGUAGCUAUGUUUACUUUAAGAGAUAAGUUUUUAACAAGAGAAUAAGUUAUGAAUUUAGUUAUGUGGAUUGACAAUUGGGAAGGAGACCUACCCAUGCCUGCUAUUCUUAAACCUGAACCUUUAUGGACUGGUAAAUAAAUUAUGUCUUUAGUCAUUCCUGAAUAAAUGACUAUGACCAGAUUCAAAGGUGACAAGGAAGAUGACAAGUGGUUCCAUAAAUAGGAUGAAUCUAUUUACAUCUACAAAGGUGAACUAAUUUAAGGCUAUAUGAAUAAGGCUAUUGUUGGUGAUGGUCCUGGUGGUUUAGUCCAUUUGAUUUGGUUAGAUAUUGGUCAUGAAGAAACUAAAAAUUUCAUGACUAGAUGUUAGAGGGUAGUUAAUAACUGGCUUAUUAUGUUUGGUCACACAAUCAGUUGUGCUGAUAUCGUGCCUAGUGAAAAAUGUUCAGAAGAAAUUGAAAAAAUUAGAAAGAAAGCCUUUGAAAAAUAUGAUAAAAUUGAAUUAGAUUUCUAAGAUGCAGCUUAUAUUGAUUAAAAUAAUAUGCACAAGGCUGGUAAGAAGAUUUUUGAUUCUUUCGAAGUUCAAGUUAACUCCAUCUUGAAUGAACUCAGACAAGAAUCCGAAAAGAAAGCAGAAGAAACAAUUAAAUUCAAGUACAACUAAUUCAACAAGAUGGUGUGGUCAGGUUCAAAAGGUAAAGCUACUAACUUAGCCUAAGUCAUGGGUCUUGUAGGUUAACAAAAUAUUGAAGGUGCUAGAAUCAGGAAUGGUUUUUCAAGAAGAACUCUUCCUCAUUUCUGCAAAGAUGAUAAUGGUAUUAUUGCAAGAGGUUUCGUCGUUAACAAUUUCUACAUAGGUUUAAAGCCCUACGAAUUCUUCUUCCACACAAUGGGUGGUAGAGAAGGUCUUUCUGAUACUGCAGUCAAGACAAGUAGAACUGGUUAUAUUUAAAGAAAGCUUGUCAAGGCUCUUGAAGAUGUCAUCGUACGUUAUGAUGGUACAGUUAGAGAUAGUUAGGGUAUGAUUAUUUAAACAUGCUAUGGUGAAGAUUCAUUGGCAGGUGAAUUCAUCGAAACCUAAAAGAUCGGAGAAGUUGAUUAUAAGGAAGAAGAUUUCCAAAAGGAAUACAGAUUUGUCAAAGCAAAUAAAAGCGACGACUGGUUAUUCCAAUAUACAAAAUUGGACUAGAUGGAAAAUCAAAUUAGCAAAGAAAUCAGUAGAGAUGUUUUAAUUGCAAUCAAGGAAGAAUUUAUGCGUAUGAUUAACGAAAGAAACGAAGGAGAAGAUCCUAAAUUUAUCUUAGAAUAAGAGUACGAAGAACUCAUCGAAGCUAGAAACCUGUUUAGAAAGAAUUUCUACUUCUACGCAUAAGAAGGCAAACUUGAUAUUAACUUGCCAGUCAACAUUGGUAGAAUGAUUGAAUCUGCUAAAAUUGAAAUGUCUUAAAAGAAUAAAACUUAUACUAGAGAUUAAUGUAAGACUAAUCCUAUUUAAGUUUAUAAGAGUCUCUUAGAAUUAUUUAAGAAUCUUGAUGACUAUGCAGUUAAAAGAGGUAUGGAGUAUGAAUCUUUGGCUUUGUUCAAGGCUCAUAUCCGUCUCCAUCUUGGUUCCAAAAAGAUAGUAUUAAGGCAUAAGCUUUCAAUGGAAGUAUUUGAUAAACUCACAAAGGAAAUUUUUGAUAAAUUUAAAAAAGCCAUUUCUCACCCAGGUGAAACCAUUGGUGCUAUUUCAGCUUAAUCUGUAGGUGAACCCACAACAUAAAUGACUUUGAAUACUUUCCACUUUGCAGGUGUGUCAGAUCGUAACGUUACGCUUGGUGUCCCUCGUCUUUAGGAAAUAUUAGAUGCUUCUAAAAAUGUAAAGACACCAGAAAUGACUGUCUUCUUUGAAAAUGGUUUAAGAAAAAAAAUUUUCAGGAAAGAUAUGAUGAGCAACUAUGAUGCAGAAAGCUUUAAGAGAGAAUAUGACGAAAUUGUUUCGUAGGAAAGAUAGGAAAUUUUAAGACUUAAACAAGAGAUUGAAUACUAAACUAUUUCUUACUACAUUAAUCAAACCAGAAUUGUUUAUAAAUCUAAAGAUGAUGAAGACUUUUAAUAACAAGAUAACAUUUUCGAUGAUGAUAAUAUUUCUGAUGAUCUCGAAGAUCCUAUUGUCCUCAUUAUUUAUUUUGAUACUUAAAAGACAACAAUUGAUACUUUUGAACUCUUGAAUGCAAAAAUUAGAAAAAUUGCUGAUGACUCUAAAAAGUGGGGUAACCUCAUAGUUGAAAAGAAAUAAUUUGAAAAAGGACAAAUUCAUGUUAAAUUUGACUCUACCCAAUUAGGUUAAGGAUAAUAAAAUCCAGAUUCUUAAAUGAACGCUUAUUCUUCUCUCCUUCUCUUUGAAUCCGAAUUCAAGGAUGCAUACAUAGGAGGUAUUUAGAAAAUCCAAAAAGUUUAUCCUACCCAAAAGAAGGAAUUCAGACCUUGGGUUGAAAAUGAAUGUAUAUGUGAAGCCCCCAAACCAGGUGCAGCUUUCUUCACAGAGAGAAAACCUUAAGAACAUAUUUUCAAUACUUCUGGUUCAAAUCUCAAAGAAGUAUUGAAGGUUGAUAAAGUAGAUGCUACUAGAACUUAUUCUAACGAUAUCUAAGAAAUCAUUACCAUUCUUGGUAUCGAAGCAGGUAGAAGAUCUAUUGUUAAUUAAAUUAGAGUCGUCAUUGAACCUUAUGGUAUUUACAUCAACUAUCGUCAUUUAGCUAUUUUGGCUGAGUGGAUGACUGUAAGAGGUCGUUUGACUCCUAUUAAUAGAAACGGUAUCAAUCGUAUUCCUGGUUUAUCUUGCCUCAGAAAAUCUUCCUUUGAAGAGACAGUAGAUAUUCUCAACACAGCUGCCAUUUUCUUUGAAAAGGAUGAUUUGAAAGGUGUUACUGAAAAUAUUAUCUUUGGUCAAAAUUGUGAUAUUGGUACUGGUUGCUUCGACUUAUUAGUCGACUUGAAUAAGGUUGGUGAAUUUAAAACAAAGAGAUAGGUUGAAUAGACAUUAGAGAUGGAAGAUUAUUCAGAAAACGAAUCCUCUCGUUACGAAAAUACUCCUUCUCAUUUCCAAACUCCUGGUCCCGGUCUCGUUUCUGCUUAUCCUAAUUCUAUUAGAACAGUAUAACAUGCUGGAUCUUUCACUCCAACCACUCCCUACCUAAACUCUCCUGGAUACAAUAUGUCAACUCCUAUCUCUUACUCUAACACCUAUAACCAAACCAGAAGUUCUUAAUAUAGUCCUCAGACAGGCAAUAAUUCUCCAUUUGUUCCUUCUCCAAACUACUCACCUCCAAGCCACACUCCAGCUGGUUCAACAAGCCCUGCAAACGCUAGUCCUUAUGCAAGCUCACCUUAAUAUAAAAGCAGUAGUCUUAGUGGAGCUCACUCUCCCUCUUACACUUCACCUUCACAAGUGAGAUAUAAUUCCCCAAGUUAUCAAAAUCCUCAUGCUAGUUCAUCUAGUCCACUUGAUAGAUCUAAGUCAGCUUAUAUGGGAUCCUAACAAUCACCUUAAUACAUGAGUUCUCCUCACUAUGAAUAGAGAACAACUCCUAUGACUAGAAAUAUUAAAAGCGAAACUUCUUACAAUCCAACUGAAGAAAGGGAAAGUGAAGAAAGUGAUUCUGAUCAAGAUUGA